AUGCUUCAUCCACCAGGUCCUUCGGGACUACCUUUUCUUGGAAACUUGCACCAGAUGGAUAGCUCAGCCCCUCAUCAAUAUCUGUCACAACUCUCAAAAAAAUAUGGCCCCCUUAUGUCUUUGCGGCUUGGUUCUGUGCCAACCAUCGUGGUUUCUUCAGCAAGAUUGGCGAAAGAGGUAAUGAAAACACAUGAUCUUGCAUUUUGUAGCAGGCCUUCCUUGUUUGGCCAGCAAAAGUUGUCUUAUAAUGGCAUAGAUGUGGCUUUUUCACCAUAUAAUGGCUAUUGGAGGGAGAUGAGAAAGAUAUGUACUCUUUAUCUCUUCAGUCCCAAAAGAGUGCAAUCUUUUCAUCCUAUUCGUGAAGAUGAAGUUGCCAGGAUGAUUAAGAAAAUAUGUGAACAAGCCUCUUCAUCUAAGCUCACCAAUUUGAGUGAGACAUUAAUGUCUCUUACAAAUGCCAUUAUCUGCAGAGUUGCAUUUGGUAAAAGGUAUGAUGAUAACAGAUAUGAAAGAAGUAGAUUCCAUGGACUAUUUUACGAGAUUCAAGAAAUCAUGGGAAGCUUCUAUGUCUCAGACUAUUUUCCAUUGUUCGGUUGGGUUGAUAAACUCACUGGAUUACGUUCUCGACUAGAGAAAUGUUUUAAGCGAAUGGAUACGUUUUACCAAGAGCUCAUUGAUGAACACCUAAGUUCACAUAAGGAAAACUCCAAGCAAGAGGACAUCAUCGACAUCUUGCUUCAACUGAAAGAGGAUCAAUUAUCUUCCAUUGAUCUCACUUUCGACCAUAUAAAAGCAGUGCUCAUG